AUGUCAAAUCACAAUGAAAUAAGUUUGCUCUUGCAAACUAAUUCAGCCCUACGAUCUGGCCGGGAGCUUUCUCCUGGUGAGCACAGCAACUACUUCUCCAGGAUAAUCCAUGAUCGAGAAGACUUUGAGCCCAAGGUUCUCAAUUUCAAUGCAGACCAUGGCCCAGAAGGCAGUUUUAUCUACUUUCAUCUCCAGUCAAACUCCCUGUUGCUGGAUGACGCAUUAUGGACUCAUUUAAUAUUUGGGAAACACUGGAUCCAGUGUGAUAUUACAUACUUAGGGUUCUGGUGCUCAAAACAGCAGUAUUCCAUGAGUGCCUAUGUCCACAGCACGCCAAGUCAGCCGGAUAUUACUUUGCAUACGCCUCUGUGGGCAAUUGUGCAUGACGUGGAGACGCUAGCGCCUCAUAUUCUCUAUGUGGGAGAAUACUCUUACCAGGCAGAAUUGGGCAAGUCUUGGGAUACUAGAAGCAAGGCAGAUAUGUCCCGCACGCUCCCUACCCCAAUACAGGGUGGGCAAAGGUCCAUACCGUGUGAGUCAGUAUCCGAAUCACAAAUUGGCUCCCACAAUGCGAGAAAUUUAGGUCAGCUGGGCCACGCCAUGGAUAUAAUCGAACCAAUACAAGCGUCGUACUGCGGGGACGAUAAUAUGGCUGCUUCAACAACUCCCGUUUCGGUGAUGAUAAAACCGUUGCCACCAACGGCAAGACUAUCCAAGGAUGCAGUUAAUGGAGCGAGCGUUGUACCCCAGGACAAACCGUUUCUGAUUGGGGAGGAAAUGAAACUCGGAGAAACACCCAGGAGAUUAAGUGCUACUCUACUUUGGACGCCACCAUUUGCUGAAAUGGACGAUGCCGACAGUACAAACCCACCAACUCCGCAAAUACCUACUUCUUCUAUACUUUAUAUAUCCUCAACCCUUAUGGAUAUGGUGUUUAACUGGACCAGAAAGGAAAUCGGUUAUCGCCGAAGAAUUGUCCACUUUGUACGCCAUCCGCAGAGCAGGCACCUUGUUGAUAUUAACUUAUUCCUUCCUUUGCAUCGGCGACCAGGAGUCGAUUUGCUAUGUGUUAGCUGCAUUUACUGGCCUGGCUCGGGCGACUGUUUUAUCACAAGUUCUGAUAUUCUUCGGCUUCUUCAGUGGCUUCUUCAGACUCCUAUGUUCUUACGCUUGGAAAAAUGUCGGAUUCGACGGAACUUGGAUCGUUUCCAACCCCAUCUCAUAUCAAAGUCCAACCCCGAAAGUUUUGAAUUUGCACGUAUGGUCCGAGGUUUCCGAAACCCAAGAGUGGUUACCGUCCAAAAAGACAUGAAAGUUUUCCCAUGGCGGAUACUCCCGUCAGCGAUUACCAGUAUUCUCCAGAAGCAUAAGGUUCAGGUGCAUUUCCUAGCUUAUAACGGGGAAAUAAACUCCGUGAACUUAGCCCAACUUCUCAUUUCAUAUUAG